AUGUUCAUUCGGCCGCCAUCAGCUCCCUUUGGUGCCAACUUCAGUGAUGCCUUGGAGGCGCUUGCGACCAAGCUCCAGGAUCCCUUCCACCACAAGUCGCUCUAUCUGCCAGCCGAGACCCAGGAGAUACUGCUUCAGCAACAUGCGGACAGACUCAUUGCGUUGAAGCAGCGCGUUGAAGCGUGUGAUAGCAGCGAAUACAACAGCAAGUUCGACAGAAGAAUCGCGUAG